AUGUGGUCUUUGAUCUCACGGAUGGGUCCAUUCGGCCGAAUGCCGCGGGCCUUGCCUAAGCCAAUCUCAGCGCGAGCAGUCGGCACAAAGCCGCUACUCCAAGCCCAGGCUGCCGAAGCCCGCAAGACCUUCGACAAUGAUGACACCGGCGUCGCGCCCCCCUUCUGCAGGAUGCCGGCCCCCAUCGAGAUAGUCACCACCGUGCGGCCGGUGGCGACCGCGAUGUCGAAUCAUGACGAGUUUUGGCGCAAGGUUCCAUUGUGGGAGAAUGUCUCAGCUGCUGACUUCCUGUCUUAUCGUUGGAGUGUGGCCAACACUGUCCAAGGAACGCCCAAGCUGCUCAAGUUUCUGCAGGCUGUUGUGCCUGAGGAGGUGCCGUACGAUAAGUCCGGAACACAGAUGCAGACUCGCGAUGAGUUCAUCAAAGACGUCUUGGACGGCGUAACUGCUGCGACUAUGGCCAUUCGCAUAACGCCGUAUAUCAUGAGUCGUGUGAACUGGCAAGACCCGCGACACGACCCAAUCAUCCGUCAGUUCCUCCCUCUAAAGUCAGUCAUGAUACCCGAUCACCCAAAGCUCGUCCUUGAUUCCCUUCAUGAGGAAGCGGAUUCCCCCGUCAAAGGCCUUGUGCACCGCUAUCAGGACAAGGCACUCUUUCUUCCAACUUCGGUUUGCCCGACGUACUGCAUGUUCUGCACACGUUCAUAUGCAGUUGGUGCUGACACCGACACGGUGACCAAAGCAUCCCUCAAGCCAACGCGCAGGCGUUGGGAGGAGGCCUUCGCAUACAUUGAAAGCCGGCCGGGGCUUCAUGACAUUGUCGUAUCUGGUGGAGACUCGUAUUAUCUGCAGCCGGAGCAGCUCACGCUCAUUGGGGAGCGACUGAUCAGCAUGCCAAACAUCAAGCGCUUCCGUUUCGCUUCUAAAGGACUCGCUGUGGCACCCACACGGGUGCUAGAUAAAUCUGACGGAUGGGUCGACGCCCUCAUUGAUCUGUCCAAUAAGGCGAAGCGGGCUGGGAAGGCCAUGGCAUGGCAUACGCACUUCAACCACCCGAAUGAGAUUUCUUGGAUCACGUCGGCCGCCAGCCAAAAGCUGUUUGAGGAGGGUGUCAUGGUUCGCAACCAGACAGUUCUGCUCCGGGGAGUCAAUGACGACCUGGAGACCAUGUCGGCGCUCAUACGCAGCCUCGCUGACAAUAACAUUUUCCCUUACUACGUCUAUCAAUGCGACAUGGUCGAGCGAGUCGAGCAUCUGCGGACGCCUCUGCAGACCAUCUUGGAUCUUGAGGCAAAGAUCCGAGGCUCGAUUGCCGGCUUCAUGAUGCCCUCAUUUGUCGUUGAUCUUCCGGGAGGAGGUGGCAAGAGGCUGGCAUGCUCUUACCACUCCUAUGACCGGACCACAGGUGUCUCGACGUACACAGCUCCUGCCGUCACUGGACGAGACAAGGAGAAUAAGGUGUACAUGUAUUAUGAUCCAGUUGACUCGCUGCCUGGAAACGCCCCCAUGUAGAAUGCGGAGCAUGGUUUGACCCAUGAGAAUGCCAUGGGAACCGGGCGACGGGAAGAAGGCAGGGGGAACUGAAGAGGGGAAGGGGCAUGAUGGAGGCGCAGAGGAGUGUGAUUGCCCGGACUUGCUCGAGCUGUGCAGUCGCCUAUCUCAUAAAGGUAGCUUAAUUCG